UAUGGAAAUUGAUCUGAAUCAUGCAUUAGUGAGUGAAGUGGAGAAGAAUGUAUGUUGUAAUGAAGAAUGUGAUAAAGGGGGUGGUGGGGGUUGUGUUAAUUGCUCUUUGUACACUUCCACUACUUCUUCUUGUUCUUCAAAUGUAUCUUCAUCUUCUUCACUUGCUCUUACCUCAAUUUAUAAAGAGCUUUGGCAUGCUUGUGCUGGUCCUCUUACUAGUUUACCCAAGAAAGGAAAUGUAGUGGUUUAUUUCCCUCAAGGUCAUAUGGAAGAAGCUGUUUCUGCUUUUCCAUUUUCACCUGUCAAGAUUGAUUUACCAACUUUUGGUCUUCAGCCUCAGAUCUUCUGUAGAGUGGAAGAUGUCCAAUUGCUUGCAAAUAAGGAAAAUGAUGAGGUGUAUACACAGCUCACUCUUCUUCCUCUUCCAGAGUCAAUGGCUAUAAGCUUAGAGGGGAAAGAACAUGAAGAUUCGGGGACGGAUGAGGAAGGGAAUGGAGUCAAUCCAGGGAAAUCAGCUUCUCACAUGUUCUGUAAAACGCUGACUGCUUCGGAUACCACCACCCAUGGUGGCUUUUCAGUUCCCCGUCGAGCAGCUGAAGACUGCUUCCCCCCUCUGGAUUACAAAGAGCAAAGACCCUCACAGGAGCUAAUUGCUAAGGAUCUGCACGGAGUAGAGUGGAAAUUUCGUCACAUUUAUAGAGGCCAGCCAAGGCGACAUUUGCUCACUACUGGAUGGAGUAUCUUUGUCAGCCAAAAGAAUCUUGUCUCAGGGGAUGCAGUUCUCUUCUUGAGGGGAGAAGGUGGAAAUCUCAGACUGGGAAUAAGAAGAGCUGCAAGACCUAGAAAUGGGCUUCCUGAAUCGAUAAUCAAAAGUCAAUAUUCUGGACCGGAUGUUCUUUCGUCAGUUGCUACAGCCCUAUCAGCAAAGAGCACUUUCCAUGUUUUCUAUAGCCCAAGGGCAAGUCAUGCUGAUUUCGUUGUACCUUACCAAAAGUACGUGAAAGCCAUCAACUCUCGGAUUCCUGUUGGGACAAGAUUUAAAAUGAAAUUUGAUUUGGAUGAUUCACCUGAAAGAAGGUACAGCGGUGUAGUGACUGGGAUAAGCGAUAUGGAUCCCUUUAGAUGGCCCAACUCUAAAUGGAGAUGCUUGAUGGUCAGAUGGGAUGAAGAUAUAAUGAGUAAUCAUCAGGAACGGGUUUCUCCUUGGGAAAUUGAUUCUUCAGUUUCCUUACCACCACUGAGCAUUCAGUCCUCACCAAGACUGAAGAAACUGCGGACUAGUCAGCAGGCACCAUCAGUACUGGACAGCCAUUUUGCUGGAGGGAGUGCUCUUUUAGACUUUGAGGAGUCAAUAAGAUCCUCCAAGGUCUUGCAAGGUCAAGAAAAUUUAGGUCUGAUAUCACCUCCCUAUGGUUGUGAUAAACCAGUCCGCCCACUGGAUUUCGAGCUGCAAAGAGUAGCUCGUCACAAUCUCAUGCCAAAUGGUGUAGAGAACAUUAUUGUUGGUGACUUUGUGAAAACUCAGCCUCCAACAACCUACACAGGCUUUCUGGAAUCCAAUAGGUUUCCAAAGGUCUUGCAAGGUCAAGAAAUUUGCUCGUUGAGAUCCCUUACUGGAAAAGGUGAUGUUAAUUUUGGUGCUUGGGGAAAACCUGAAUUUGGUUGCAAUGUUUUCGGCACAUAUCAGAGGCCGAGAGCCAAUUUCUAUCCUCUCGCUUCUGAAGGGGCGAGGAAUGUGUUUUUACCUUACAAUGCGAUGUAUAGAGCUGGACAAGAUCCCGUGGUUCCCUCCUACAGUACUAAUUUCCAAAGAGAAAAUCCUACCUUGAACCAGAAUUCAAUCCAAAAUGUGGUUAGGAGGGAAGAAGUUGGAAUGCCAAAGUUUGUAAAUGAGCAGAGGCCACCGGAGAUGUCUAAAGUGUCCAUUCCAGAGAACCAUUUCAAGAAUGAAAAUGACGACUCCUUCAAUGCACAGGCUCCAUGUAAACUGUUUGGCUUUUCCUUGACGAAAGAACCAUCUACUCCUAGCUCGCAGAGUUCUGGUAAGAGGAGCUGUACUAAGGUUCACAAACAAGGCAGCUUGGUUGGACGAGCCAUUGAUCUCUCGAGAUUGAAUGGCUAUGACGACUUGCUGGUUGAGUUGGAGAGGCUUUUCAACAUGGAAGACCUCUUAAGAGAUCCCAACAAGGGGUGGCGAAUCUUGUACACUGACAGUGAGAAUGACAUGAUGGUUGUCGGAGAUGAUCCAUGGCAUGAGUUCUGUGAGGUAGUAUCCAAGAUCCAUAUAUACACUCAAGAAGAAGUGGAGAAAAUGACUAUUGAGGGGAUCAGCGAUGACACUCAAAGUUGUUUGGAGGAGGCACCAGCAAUCAUGGAUGUCUCAAAGUCUUCUUCAGUUGGCCAGCCUGAUUCAUCUCCAACUGUAAUCAGGAUUUGAA